GGAGGAGUAACCCUCACACCAGCGAUGGCGCAAAUUCCAUCCGCAUCUUUUGGACCGCUGAACCAGGGUCUCCAGGUGGGGCAGAGCUACGCACCGAUCAACGCGGAAUUCCACCUGCCGCCGGGUAAGAUUAGCACCGCUCGAGCCUAGUGACACCCCGCUGAUGUUCUUAGAGCGACUGGAAACGCCGCCGCCGCCGUUCGCGACCAUUCCUUUCUCCCGUGACCCCGAUUUUGUCGACCGUGGAGACAUUCUCGACCAGAUCGACCAACGAUGUUCGGAGCCAGCUGCUCGGGUUGCGCUCGUAGGCCUGGGCGGUGUCGGCAAGUCGCAGCUGGCCAUUGAGUUCGCCCACCGGAUCGCCGCGCGGCACCCAGACACGUGGGUGUUCUGGGUCCAUGCCGGCACGCAGGCGCGGGUCGAUGAGGGCUUCCGGGCGAUUGCCGACGUCGCCAAGCUGCCCGGCCGGAACCACCCCAAGGCCAACAUCCCACAGCUUGUCUACGGCUGGCUGUGCAACGAACGGAACGGCAAGUGGGUUAUGGUCCUUGACAGUGCCGACGACCGCGACGUAUUUUACGGGACGACGAGUAAUGGUACACGCAACGGGCAGCCAUUUGCGAACUCCCUCCCACAGAGUCGAAACGGGUCGAUCAUCGUCACAACCCGCGAUAAGGACCUGGCUUUCCGGCUGACCGGGCGGCGCCAGAACAUGAUCGAAAUCGGGCCGAUGGCGCAGACAGACGCCCUCGCGCUCCUAGAGAAGAAGCUGGGAUCGCUCUCGGAUACUGAUAUGGCGGUGGAUCUCGUGCGGGCGCUCGACCUUGUGCCGCUUGCCAUCAGCCAAGCUGCCGCGUACAUACAGGCCAGGGUGCCGCGGAGCUCGCCCGAGAAGUACCUAGCCGAGUUCCGAGAGAGCGAGCGGAAUCGGAGCAAGCUUCUGCAAUAUGAUGGUGGGGACCUGCGGCGGGACGGAGGGGCGUCUAACGCGAUACUUACGACGUGGCAGAUAUCCUUUGACCACAUCCGGUCCAAGCGGCGCUCUGCGGCGAAUCUGCUGUCGCUUAUGAGCUUCUUUGACCGACAAGGCAUCCCUGGAUGGGUGCUAAACCCUUCGAGAAUUGCCCAGGACGGAAUGCAAGCAAUAGGUCUAGACGAUGCCGCAGACCUAGAGUCGGACGAUAGCAGCCAGAGCACGGACAGUGACACAGACGAUGCUAGCUUCGAAGAUGAUGCGGCGAUGCUAAGGGACUACUGUCUCAUCACCGCGGACGAGACAGAGGACAAGUUUGAGAUGCACGGGCUCGUGCAGCUGUCGACUAGGAGGUGGCUAAAAGCGUCUGGGCAGCAGGAGACGUUCAGGCAGCAGUACAUUGAGCGGAUGGCAGCUUCAUUCCCAACGGGCCAGUUCGAGAACUGGGCCAUGUGUCGGACCCUCUUUGCGCACGCCCGAGUGGCCUCGGAUUAUCGACCUAGCGAGAAUACGGUCGAGUCAUGGGCGAUUCUUUUGCACAACGGGGGAUGGUACGCGUGGUCGCAAGGGAGAUAUGAAGAUGCACAGCAGAUGCUGGGCAAGGCGAGGGAGGUACGCGAGAGGAGGUUGGGAAAGGACGAUGUGGCGACUCUCUCGAGCACGUCAUUGCUUGCAUUAGUAUUUCGAGAUAGAGGACUAUGGAAGGAGGCCGAGAAGCUGUUUGUGCAGGUGAUGGAGACUCGCAAGGCGAAGCUCGGGGCCGACCACCCAGCCACGCUGACGAGCAUGGGCAACCUGGCGUUGACGUACAUGAACCAGGGCCGGUGGGAGGAGGCCGAGGAGCUAUUUGUGCAGGUGAUGGAGACUCGCAAGACGAAGCUCGGGGCCGACCACCCACACAUGCUGACGAGCAUGGGCAACCUGGCGUCGAUUCUUUGGAACCAGGGCCGGUGGGAGGAGGCCGAGAAGCUGGAGGUGCAGGUGAUGGAGACUCGCAAGACGAAGCUCGGGGCCGACCACCCAGCCACGCUGACGAGCAUGGGCAACCUGGCGUCGACGCUUUGGAACCAUGGCCGGUGGGGGGAGGCCGAGAAGCUGUUUGUGCAGGUGAUGGAGACGAGCAAGGCGAAGCUCGGGGCCGAUCAUCCCUCGACGCUGACGAGCAUGGGCAACCUGGCGUCGACGUAUAGGAACCAAGGCCGGUGGGACGAGGCCGAGAAGCUGGAGGUGCAGGUGAUGGAGACGAGCAAGACGAAGCUCGGGGCCGACCACCCAGACACGCUGAUGAGCAUGGGCAACCUGGCGUCGACGUACGGCAACCAAGGCCGGUGGGAGGAGGCCGAGAAGCUGGAGGUGCAGGUGAUGGAGACGAGCAAGACGAAGCUCGGGGCCGACCACCCACACACGCUGACGAGCAUGGGCAACCUGGCGUCGACGUACAGGAAUCAGGGCCGGUGGGAGGAGGCCGAGAAGCUGGAGGUGCAGGUGAUGGAGACGAGCAAGACGAAGCUCGGGGCUGACCACCCAGACACGCUGACGAGCAUGGCCAAUCUUGCUUUCACGUGGAAUAGUCAAGGUCGACAUGAAGAUGCCCUAGCGUUGAUGCAAGACUGUGUUGAGGCUCGGCAGCGAGUCCUUGGGCCUGAGCAUCCUGACACGCUGUCGUCCUUGGCUACUGUGUCGGAAUGGAGUAGCUAGGCUUAUAUAAUAAUAGAUUGGACAGCCGUAACUUCCAGGUUCCCGGGCAGUGGGCGCCCCAACUCCGAUGGCCAGCUGAAGAAAGCAGCUGAGGUGUCAGAAUACGGUAUGCGGGACAGAGGGCGCUGACUGAGGAUAUGUAU